CCGGGCUCCUCGCGAGCGGAUGGGUGGCUCCCCCGCCGGCCCGAGAUGCGCCCCCACCUCCUCCUGCUGCUCGCGGUGUGCGGCGCGGGCUCCGCGGCCGGGGCGCGCAGCUACAGCCUGCGGGGAAGCUGGAGCCUCCGCAGCGGGAACGGCUCGCUGGAGCUGCACGGGGAGGUCCCCGGCUGCGUGCACAGCGCCCUGUUCCAGCGGGGCCUGAUCCAGGAUCCUUACUAUAGAUUCAAUGACCUUGACUACAGAUGGAUCUCCUUGGAUAACUGGACCUAUAGCAAGAAAUUCAAAAUCCCCUUUGACUUUAGCAAAUGGCAAAAAAUAAAUUUGAUUUUUGAGGGAGUAGAUACAGUUUCAAAAGUCCUGUUCAAUAAUGUCACUAUUGGGAAGACAGACAACAUGUUCAAUAGAUACAGCUUUGACGUCACCAGCGCGGUCGGAGCCACCAACCGCGUGGAGCUGCGGUUCCAGUCUGCGGUGCUGUACGCGGGGCAGCGGAGCGGAGCCCACGGCCGCGCGGUGCCCCCCGCCUGCCCCCCGCCCGCGCAGAGGGGCGAAUGCCACGUCAACUUCGUUCGCAAGGAACAAUGUUCUUUUAGUUGGGACUGGGGGCCUUCCUUUCCUACCCAGGGAAUCUGGAAAGAUGUUAGAAUUGAAGCCUAUAAUAUUUGUCAUCUGAACUACUUCACCUUUUCCCCAAUAUACGAUAACACAGCCAAUGAGUGGCAUCUUGAAAUACAGUCUUCUUUUGAUGUUGUCAGCUCAAAGCCAGUUGGUGGUCAAGUGAUCGUAGCCAUCCCUGAAUUGCAAACACAGCAGACAUACAAGAUUGAACUUCAACCCGGGGAAGAGAUUGUUAAGCUAUUUCUGAAAAUUAACAAGAAUAUUACUGUAGGAACUUGGUGGCCUCACGGACAUGGAAACCAGACCGGGUACAACAUGACAAUUCUUUUUGAACUAGAUGGAGGCUUAAAUAUUGAAAAAUCAGCAAAGGUUUAUUUUAGGACGGUGGAACUUAUAGAAGAGCCCAUAGAAGGGUCUCCGGGUCUGAGUUUCUACUUUAAAAUUAAUGGAUUGCCCAUAUUUCUGAAAGGCUCGAACUGGAUCCCAGCAGAUUCUUUCCAGGAUCGAGUAACCUCUGAUGUCUUGCGGCUCCUUUUGCAGUCUGUCGUGGAUGCCAACAUGAAUACGCUCCGGGUCUGGGGAGGAGGAAUCUAUGAGCAGGAUGAGUUUUAUGAACUUUGUGAUGAACUAGGAAUAAUGGUGUGGCAGGAUUUUAUGUUCGCCUGUGCCCUCUAUCCCACCGAUCAAGGCUUCAUUGAGUCGGUGAGAGCAGAAGUUGCUAACCAGAUCAGGAGACUGAAAUCUCAUCCCUCUGUGAUCAUAUGGAGUGGCAAUAACGAAAAUGAAGCAGCACUGAGCAUGGAUUGGUUUCAUGUCAAUGUUACCGACCUGCAAACCUACAUCGAUGACUAUGUGACACUCUACGUGAAAAACAUCAGAGAGAUGGUCUUGGCAAGCGAUCAGAGUCGUCCUUUUAUUCCGUCCAGUCCUACAAAUGGGGCGGAAACCAUUGCAGAAGGCUGGCUCUCUAAGAACCCUCUUAGCAAUUAUUUCGGAGAUGUACAUUUUUAUGACUAUAGCAGUGAUUGCUGGAAUUGGAAAGUUUUCCCAAAAGCUCGAUUUGCGUCUGAGUAUGGAUACCAGUCCUGGCCUUCCUUCAGCACCUUAGAAAAGGUCUCAUCUAAAGAGGACUGGUCUUUCAAUAGCAAAUUUUCACGCCACCGCCAACAUCAUCCAGAUGGUAACAGUCAGAUGCUCCAUCAGGCCAGACUUCACUUCAAACUCCCCCAGAGCACAGACCCCGUGCGCACGUUUAAAGACACCAUCUACCUUACGCAGGUGGUGCAGGCCCAGUGUGUCAAGGCCGAGACCGAGUUCUACCUGCGCAGUCGAAGCGAGGUGGUGGCCGGGCGAGGGCGCACCAUGGGGGCGCUGUACUGGCAGUUGAAUGACAUCUGGCAGGCUCCUUCCUGGGCCUCUCUCGAGUACGGAGGAAAGUGGAAAAUGCUGCAUUACUUUGCUCGCCAUUUCUUUGCUCCCCUGUUGCCAGUGGGCUUUGAGGAUCAAAGUGUGUUCUAUGUCUACGGCGUGUCAGACCUUCACUCUGACCGCACAGUGACACUCACGGUGAGAGUCCACGCGUGGAGCUCCCUGCAGCCUCUGUGCUCUCGUGUGACCAAACGCCUUGUGAUUCCGGCCGGGCAGGCUGUUGUCCUCUAUAAGGAGCCCGUGUCUACACUGCUGAGAUGCGGGAAUUGCACGCGAGAAAGAUGCGUGCUUGCCUUUUACCUUUCAGCUGACCUUCAACUCUUGAGCCCAGUCAACUACCACUUCCUGUCCUCCCUGAAGGAGGCUUCGGGGCUCCGCAAGGCCAAUAUCACGGCCACCAUCUCCCGGCAAGGCGACACGUUUGUUUUUGAUCUGGAAACCUCAGCGGUCGCUCCCUUUGUUUGGUUGGAUGUGGGAAGCGUCCCAGGGAGAUUCAGCGACAACGGUUUCCUCAUGACUGAGAAGACGCGGCGCGUGUCGUUUUACCCCUGGGGGCCCACCAGCAAGCGUGAGCUGGAGCGGUCUUUCCAGGUGACCUCCCUGGCGGACCUGUACUGAGGGACCCCAGGCUGCGUGUCCGGGGGCGCUGGGAUGAGCCACUGCCACAGCCCUGGCGGGAGAGGAGGACAACCGGGGACAGGCUGGAGAGGCCGAGAGGCCCGCACGCUCGUGGCCACGCAUCCGAGCCGUGAGCACGUCCGGGGACGGCUGUGUCUGCAGGGCACGUCCUCAGCAAGCCUGUGCCCGGGCCUUCUCGCAUCUGUGCCGGGACCUCCCGCAUCAGCAGCCCACGAACCCACUGUCACCAGAGGGCCCUUCAGGGAGUCACGGGCAUGUGGCCGUGGCAGGAUCUGCGGAACCAGAUGGAAGGUUUUUAAGGUGACGUGGGCCUUCCGUCGUGAGCUUGGAGAGAUGCUGAAUACUAAAAUGAAGGGCUUUGUUAUUUCUGGAGGGAAAGGAGGCUCAAAUUGCACGAUGGCAGUUUCUGGGUGGUGGCCACGCUGGCAGUUUGGGGGGGUUGAUUGUUGCCAUUUGAUUACUUUUUUGAGUCGGAUUCUUUUUUCAUUUGUGGGCUUUGUUAUAAAAUAUUCUUUAAGCAAUAACAACUUUUUUAAAAGGC